UCAAAGUGUUUGUAGUAAAUAAUAAAUUAUCUGUUACAUGUUAAAAAAUAAAUGUUUUAUGUUAUGAUUGAUUUGGUAUUUUUGAAAAAAAGAAUGAAUUCCUUCAUUUAUAAUUUGUACCAAUAUUUUUUCGGAAAGAUUCAGCCAAGAAACCCAGAAGAUCAAUCUAUUGACUCUUCGACCAAUAUGACGGAAGAGUGGAAUUCAAUGUCAACAUCUACAAUCAAAUCGAAAAGUUCAAUUGAGAUGAAUCCAAGUCCAGAUGAUAUCGAUACUUUUUCAUCCUUUCCCGAAAAUAUACAAUCACAAAUAAACUCUAUAGUAAUGAAAAUUCAAGAUAUUGAAAAUAAAUUGUUAAAAGAUUGUAAAAAUGACAUCGAAGACAAAUCGAAAGAUACUAAUCCUAUUACAUACCAAAUUCCACAUUGUACAGAAUUAUAUCAAUGUUUACAAAAUACUGUAAAGGAGCUAGAAGAUCAAAAGUACAUGUUUGACACGCAACUUAAAGGAUUGUCAUUGAAUUUGAACAAUAAUAAUAUUCGUUUGGUUUCCGUCGAAAACGAUGUUAAAAACAUAACCCUAAAACAAAUGGAUCUCUCUCAAAUGUACGAAUCGCUACAAGGCCAACUCGAAAUGCUUUCGAAGAAGAUCAAAGUGAAGUUUGAUCACGUGGAACAAAUGUUAAGCCAAAAUAUAACUACAGCUGAUGAGUAUUAUAGACCAAGUAAUAUUAGUAAUGAAUACCUGUAAAGUAUCAAAUCUUGUAGUGUUUUAGGUAUAACCUAUAAUAAUUAAUAAAUAAUAAUUGAUAAUA